AUGCUCUUCAAUGCUCUCAUCCGCACCCAUCAUAUAACCUCCCGUAAGAAAAUAUCCGCAUUGAAGAAGGCUGCCGAUGCGUAUAAUUGCUACGUCCUUCUUCGAACAGGGAGUUCUCCUGGGGUAAUGUACGUUGAAAGUGGACGCGAAGAAGACGUGAAUGCCUGGGUCAAUACUGUGCAUAAAUUGAGAUACAAAGACUAUCAGUUGGUGGCAAAACCUGGUCCGCAGUCGGAUGAGGGAUAUGCAAAGAGUAGUGCUAUCUUGACCGAUCCUGGACUGCGAGAGGUUGACACUAUUAAGGAAUUCGGCGCGCUGAUGAAGGAUCGAGGCGUGUUGGAUUGGUGGAGGAGAGGGAUGGGAUAUACACAUCGGUAG